CUCAGGAAUUUUGAGAUGGGAAUAUUUUAUUCUCAUGUUUGGUUCAAGAUAUAAAAAAUUAUUCUCGGGUAUGUUUUAUUCUUUGGAAUUAAAAUCCAAUCCAUUUCAUUCCCAUCUCUCCCCUGGUUAUCUUUCAUUCCAAUGGGAAUGGAAUGUGUAUAAUAAAGUGAAAAGACCAAAAUGCCCUUAUCAAUUUCACUCCAACACUUCUUCUCAGAUUUUUACUCCUCAUUUCAUCAGAAACCCAAACCCUAGCAGAGCCCCAAUUUCAUCGAAACUAAAACCUAGCCGAACUUCUUCCCCAAAUUCAUGGAGGCUCCACCAGUAUUAGCACCGUCUCGCCGCCGAUUUGAGUUUGCACGACCACCCCUCACCUUAUUCUAGAAGAAAAUUCACUUCAAUCCUUCGUUUGCGUUCGUGUUCCAUCAUCGCAGCUCACGUCGGUUCACCGCCACUGUAUGCUUGCCGUCGUCGCUGCUGCGCCUCUAGCCGGAUCCUCCGCGUCGCGUGCUCGCGUUUGGUCUCUCUCCUCCAUCAGUCUCUUGCUUGGUGUCGAGUUCGCCGUCGACGAGGAAGCUUUGCCACCGUUUCUCCAGUGCUUCGCAUACGGGGAUACUAACUAAGAGCAAAUUAGUUGCUAUUGAUGCUGGAAACAGGGGCUACCCUCUGAAUAAGAUCUGCUACAUAUACUAUCAUCUACUCCUAGACAUCCAAACCUCAUUGAGCACACCAGUGAGAAAGCCAAGGAAGCUAAAGAUAUACAAAAUGGAUCCUAAACAGAAGAUGAAAGUUAUUGCCUGCUUGAUUUUACAUUUCGAAUUAAUGAAUGACCUUAUGGUUAAGUUGUUGAUAAUUUGCUAUGUUUUGAUUAUAUUGCAAUUGAAGAAAAAGAAAAGAAAAUGGAAUGAUAGUUAUAGUAGGGAAGUAAUAAGAGAUGUUAGUGUUGAUAGGAUUAUUUAUUUUAGUGAUCUAGCAUGUAUAGAAAACACAAGAAUGGAUAGAUGUGCCUUUCAUGCAUUGUGUAACAUGCUUAAAAGGGAUGGAAGGUUAGAACCAAGUAGGAAUAUGGGUGUUGAAGAAAUGGUUGCCAUGUUUUUACAUAUUAUAGCACAUGACGUCAAAAUUAGAGUAAUAAAGAGACAAUUUGUGAGAUCUGAAGAAACAAUUAGUAGGCGAUUUAAUGAUGUAUUGCUUGCUAUUUUGAGAUGUCAUAAUCUCUUACUGAAGAAACCUCAACCAUUUAGCCAGGAUAAAAUGGAUGAACGAUGGAAAUGGUUCAAGGAUUGCCUAGGAGCCUUAGAUGGUACUCAUAUCAAAGUCAAUGUCCUUGAGGCUGAUAAGCCUAGAUAUCGAAACAGAAAAGGUGACAUAACAACCAAUGUGCUUGGAGUGGUUGCUCCCGAUAUGCAAUUUAUCUACGUACUGGCGGGUUGGGAGGGUUCAGCUGCGGAUUCUAGGGUAUUGCGAGAUGCACUAUUUCGCAAUGGGUUUAGUGUUCCCCAAGGUCAUUAUUACUUAUGUGAUGCUGGAUACAUGAAUUGUGAAGGAUUUUUGGCACCUUAUAGAGGACAAAAAUAUCAUUUGAGUGAGUUUAAUCCACAUAAUCAACCUAGUACGGCCCAAGAACUUUUUAAUAUGAAACACUCACAAGCUAGAAAUGUCAUUGAAAGGGCAUUUGGAGUAUUGAAAGCAAGAUGGGGAAUUUUAAGAGGAAGGUCAUUUUAUCCUAUUAAAACUCAAGGAAGAAUUAUAACUGCAUGUUGCCUUUUGCAUAAUCACAUUAGAAGAGUGAUGGUUGUGGAUCCUAUUGAUGAGAUAGUAGAUCAAAAUAUGCUUGGAGUAGAUGGGGGGACGAUCCACCAUAUUGAGACGAGCGAUGCUUGGGGUAGAUGGAGGGAUCAACUUGCACAAGAAAUGUGGAACCAAUGGAGGAGAAGACAUCAUACACGAUAAUUAUGUUCAUUUUUCUAUGUAUAAGGCUGUCUAUUGUAACAUUGAUUUCAUUUUAUUGAUGUGGUUGCGUUCUUGUACAAGAGUUGUGCAUGUAUGCUUAUUAGUGCAAGUAAUUUUUUACUUUUGAGACUUCUUUGUAACUUUUAUUUGGAUAAUA